AUGGCACACAUUUCUUCAGAAAUUCAAGAUGGGCUGCCUAAAGAUGAAUCCACUGGUUCAGAAACCUCCAUUAGAUCUUCUUUGUAUGAUGACACACUUACUGGGGACUCUGUUCUGAGAUCUAUGAUUGAAGAAUAUGCUUUUCAGGCUUUGUCUGAGGAUCUUGUGAUCAAAAGGCCACAAUACACAUAUUCUGUCUCUGAAAGAGAUGAGGUGAAUGAUUUUCUUUCACUCACAUUUCCACAAAAACUUUGGAAUAUAGUUGAAAGUGAUCAGUUUGAAUCUAUUUGGUGGGAUGAGACAGGCACAUGCAUAGUGAUCAAUGAAGAACUCUUUAAGAAAGAAGUCUUGGAAAGAAAGAAGCCUUUCAGAAUAUUUGAAACCAAAAGUAUGAAAACUUUAAUUCGACAGCUUAACCUUUAUGGAUUUAAUAAAAAGCGACAAACUUUUCAAAGAUCGGCUUCACUACCUGUCUUUCUGGAAGAAGAAAACAACAUGUCUCUUAUGACUAAGUUACAGACCUACUACAAUCCAAAUUUCAAAAGACGCUAUCCCCAACUUUUAGUAAGAAUGCAAAGAAGAGUUGGAAUUAACAAUGUGUCUCCAAUAUUUUCAUUAGUUCAAGAUAACAAGAAGCAUGUUAAAGCAAGUGUCAACAAAGAUGAUCAUAACUCUGAAUUUCUUCCAGAAACGAGUGGAGAGAGCGCAUUUUCAGCCCCCACAAGUUUACGUGUGCCUUUCAUACAAAAGCCUCAUACCAGCCAGAUAGUCACUAAUACAACUGUCCUAUCUCCAUGUGACUUACCUACCCCACCAGUAAUAUCAGUUAGACACACAAACCAGACUGUGGUAGAUCAACCUGAAGUUUUAAAAACGUUGAGCAUUUUUAAUUGGCACUCACAGAGCAGCUACACUCAAGUAAAUGGCCACGUUGAGGACUUUGCUACUACAACUACAUCUGCUUCUCAGAACCACAUCGUAUCUCCAUUACAGAGCAGUUUUUUUGAAAUGAUGGUGGAACCUUCUAAAUUUCCAGUGAGGCAUAGCGAUAUGUCAUCCUAUGACAGUCCUGCUCCUAUCCUGCAAGAGAAAGGCAACUCAUGGUUCUCUGUGCCAACAAUCGGUAACUCACGGUUCUCAGUGCCAACAAUCGGUUAUACAUCUGCCUCCUCUCUUUCAAGUAAACUCAUCAAUAAUCAUCAUUAUAUGAAAACAAUGUUAAUUAAAACUGACCUAUCAAAUAUGUGUCAGAUUAAGGAGCCUAGAAAAGAUUGA